GUGCCCAGGAGCCACUGAGAACAACAGAAGACUUGUUGCUGCUCUAGAGGACCUAUGGUAGGGCAGACAGAGGAUGAUACAGCUCAGCAGCUUGUCCCUACGUGUGGCAUGAAAGGUGUUGGGGAGAGAAUAGUGGAGUAUGUGUCCAACAUUCCAGCACUUCAGAGAGCUACCCCCAAGGGACUGGCUUCUGUUUCACCUGACUUGGAGCACAGGCAGGAGUGGACAUACUCUAAAAGCCCACUGAUGGGAAAGGGCACCAGGUUGGAGGCCUCUGAAAAACAAGAGAGCUGGGUGGCUUGCAGCAGCUCCAGAGAACCUGAAGUACCACAGACAGAUAGCACAGGGAGCAAAAGAUUAUGAGAUCCUGAAAAAGGAAACCAACAAGUUCAUCUUGAGAAUUUAUACACACUGGUCGAGAAGAAGCAUCCUCAGGAAAGGUUCAAAAGGCAUGCAGAAUCUCUAGUCAGGCCGAUCAGUGAGGAUCUUUCUCUGUACAGAGCCAGACCACAAAGACUGGGAGGGGUGAUAUUUUUUCAAAUGCUUGGAUCCCAACAUGAUGUUAAAAGACACACAAAGAAAUAGGGAAACAUGGCACAAUCAAAGAGUCAAAAUAUCCAGGAACCUACUUUAAGGAAACACAGAUAUCUUCAUUAUCUCAGAAGGAAUUCAGACUAACCACCAUAAACAUGUUCAGUGACCCAAGGAAAAUGCUGCAUGAACAAAAUGGUAUCAACAUAGAGAUUGAAAACGUAAAAAGGAACCAAACAAACAUUGUAACAGAUGCAAUAUGCUUCUUUGACCAAAUUGAAAGAUUUACUAGAGGAGUUUAGCAGCAGUGUUUUUCAAGGAGAAGAAUUAGUGAACUUGAAGCCAGGUCAUUUGAAAUUAUCCAGUCAGAGAAGCAAAAAGAAAAAAAAUUAAAAAAGAAGACAGCCUAGAGUACUAAUGGGACAGCAUCAAUUUUAUCAAUGUAGAUUGUAUGGAAGUUCCAUAUGUUGGAAAGAGAAAGGAGCAAAAAGCUUAUUUGAAGAAAUAAUGGCCAAAACUUCCCAAAUUGAAGGAAAGCAGUGGACAUCCAGAUUCAAGAAGCCAAAUGGACUCCAGAGUAGAACAAUCCGAAGACAUCUACAUGGAAACACACUGUAAUCAAAUUGUCAAAGAAUUUUGAAAGCAGCAGGAUAAGAACAACUUGUCAUACACAAAGGAGAUUCUGUGGGACUCUAAGUGGAUUUCUUAGCAGAAACCUUGCAGGUCAGAAAGAAGUGGGAUGAUAUAGUCAAACUGCUGGAAGAAAAACUGCCAGCAAAGUACUGUAUGUGGCAAAACUUUUCUUUAAAAGUAAAAGAGAAAUAAGAUUCUCAAAAUCUGAGAGAGUUCAUCACCACUAUAUCUGACUUAAACGCUAAUGGGAGUCUGUUAAAUGGAAACAAAAGCAUGUUCAACAUGAAAGUAUAAAAUUAAAUGAUAAAGCUAUGGACAAAUAGAGACCUGCAUAUUAUUGUAAUGGUGAAGAAUCCUGCAAAAAUGUCUCUCUAUCCAUCUCUCGAAGACUUGAAGGUAGACAAAGUAAUUCAGGCUCAAACUGCUUUUUCUGCAAACCCUGCCAAUCCAGCAAUUUUGUCAGAAGCUUCUGCUCCUAUCCCUCACGAUGGAAAUCUCUAUCCCAGACUGUAUCCGGAGCUCUCUCAAUACAUGGGGCUGAGUUUAAAUGAAGAAGAAAUACGUGCAAAUGUGGCCGUGGUUUCUGGUGCACCACUUCAGGGGCAGUUGGUAGCAAGACCUUCCAGUAUAAACUAUAUGGUGGCUCCUGUAACUGGUAAUGAUGUUGGAAUUCGUAGAGCAGAAAUUAAGCAAGGGAUUCGUGAAGUCAUUUUGUGUAAGGAUCAAGAUGGAAAAAUUGGACUCAGGCUUAAAUCAAUAGAUAAUGGUAUAUUUGUUCAGCUAGUCCAGGCUAAUUCUCCAGCCUCAUUGGUUGGUCUGAGAUUUGGGGACCAAGUACUUCAGAUCAAUGGUGAAAACUGUGCAGGAUGGAGCUCUGAUAAAGCGCACAAGGUGCUCAAACAGGCUUUUGGAGAGAAGAUUACCAUGACCAUUCGUGACAGGCCCUUUGAACGGACGAUUACCAUGCAUAAGGAUAGCACUGGACAUGUUGGUUUUAUCUUUAAAAAUGGAAAAAUAACAUCCAUAGUGAAAGAUAGCUCUGCAGCCAGAAAUGGUCUUCUCACGGAACAUAACAUCUGUGAAAUCAAUGGACAGAAUGUCAUUGGAUUGAAGGACUCUCAAAUUGCAGACAUACUGUCAACAUCUGGGACUGUAGUUACUAUUACAAUCAUGCCUGCUUUUAUCUUUGAACAUAUUAUUAAGCGGAUGGCACCAAGCAUUAUGAAAAGCCUAAUGGACCACACCAUUCCUGAGGUUUAAAAUUCACGGCACCAUGGAAAUGUAGCUGAACGUCUCCAGUUUCCUUCUUUGGCAACUUCUGUAUUAUGCACGUGAAGCCUUCCCGGAGCCAGCGAGCAUAUGCUGCAUGAGGACCUUUCUAUCUUACAUUAUGGCUGGGAAUCUUACUCUUUCAUCUGAUACCUUGUUCAGAUUUCAAAAUAGUUGUAGCCUUAUCCUGGUUUUACAGAUGUGAAACUUUCAAGAGAUUUACUGACUUUCCUAGAAUAGUUUCUCUACUGGAAACCUGAUGCUUUUAUAAGCCAUUGUGAUUAGGAUGACUGUUACAGGCUUAGCUUUGUGUGAAAACCAGUCACCUUUCUCCUAGGUAAUGAGUAGUGCUGUUCAUAUUACUUUAGUUCUAUAGCAUACAUGCAUCUUUAACAUGCUACCAUAGUACAUUUAGAAUGAUUGCCUUUGAUUUUUUUUUUAAAUUCUGUGUGUGUGUGUGUGUGUGUGUGUGUGUGUGUGUGUGUGUGUGUGUAAAAUGCCAAUUAAGAACACUGGUUUCAUUCCAUGUAAGCAUUAAACAGUGUAUGUAGGUUUCAAGAGAUUGUGAUGAUUCUUAAAUUUUAACUACCUUCACUUAAUAUGCUUGAACUGUCGCCUUAACUAUGUUAAGCAUCUAGACUAAAAGCCAAAAUAUAAUUAUUGCUGCCUUUCUAAAACCCAAAAUGUAGUUCUCUAUUAACCUGAAAUGUACACUAGCCCAGAACAGUUUAAUGGUACUUACUGAGCUAUAGCAUAGCUGCUUAGUUGUUUUUGAGAUUUUUUAGUCAACACAUAAUGGAAACUUCUUUCUUCUAAAAGUUGCCAGUGCCACUUUUAAGAAGCGAAUCACUAUAUGUGAUGUAAAAGUUAUUACACUAAACAGGAUAAACUUUUGACUCCCCUUUUGUUCAUUUGUGGAUUAAGUGGUAUAAUACUUAAUUUUGGCAUUUGACUCUUAAGAUUAUGUAACCUAGCUACUUUGGGGUGGUCUUAGAAUAUUUUUCUGAUAACUUGUUCCUUUUCCUGACUCCUUGCAAACAAAAUGAUAGUUGACACUUUAUCCUGAUUUUUUUCUUCUUUUUGGUUUAUGUCUAUUCUAAUUAAAUAUGUAUAAAUAAAGUUACAUUUUAGUCUGUC